AUGUCUAUGUUUCAGUGCGUGACAUGUAUGGAGACGCUCGACGCAGAGAUGAUGAUACGGCAUCUGUCAUCCAGCCGUCACAAGGCCAUUAUAGAUGUGUUCCGUGAGGAAGAUGUUAAAUGUGAAGAGUGCCAGGACCCGAACGUUCACACGUUACAAAUCAUACGGUUUGGAGGCGACGACAUGUCACUUCUAUGUAACUCGUGUUUUUCAAAGGAGUACUCGGGCUCAGAUAAACCGAAUACUUGCCAUUCUUUAGCUAAUGGAUCUCUGCUCAGGUUUUGGGAUAAUUACUUGAAGGUACGAGACUGUUCCUGUGAACAGUGUGGUAAAGACCGCCAUCUUAAUGUGAACGACGAAAAGAAAGUGCUAUGUGAUUCUUGUUUGAGCAAGGUGCCACCUGCGCAAGCUAACAGGUUCAUCUCGGAAAACAGUGGCCGAUUUUUAUAUCUGUUUUUGGGUAUCAGGGAGUCAUCCAACUCUAAGACUGUUAGAAGAAAAGGCGGAAGGAAGGUUGGUAGAGGCAGAACGAUUGAUAAGAGAAGGAAGCCGCGCGAAAAGAAACCUCUCACUGUGCAUGAACAGAUCGCCAAGAUGGCUUAUGAGACCAAAAAACAGAACAAUAUUAUCGAGAGUGAUAGCACGACCAGCCUGAAAUCUUUUAAAGGAUUAAAAGCAAGCACUUCCAGCAAUUCCAGCAAGCCCCAAACUCUGAAAAGCCCAUCAAACGGCAAGGGAAACGGUACUAGCAAGACUUUAGGCAAUGAAAAGUCAAGCUCUCCCAAACCUUCAUCGAAAUCUAGGGCGACAAAUACAAGAAGCGGCUCGAAAAAUUGUAAAACCGAUGCUCGAUCAUUUAAACACACUACUGCAUCGAUUUCCAACAACAGGUUCGAAAACAAGAGUGACAGCCCGGCAGUCAAAACUCCUGAAGCUAAGAAGCGCAGAGAUACGAAGGCUAAGAACAACGGCACUGCUAGUAAGAGCCAUGAGAGCCUAGAAGAGCAGUCAAAAGGUCAGAGAGACAAAAAGAACAAAAACAAUAGCAAGUCAACCAGCAGCGUCAAAGAUCCGGUCGACAGAAACGCCAGAAAUGAUAAAAACCGGCGAAAAGAGGGUAUUGUCAAUGACCGAGCCAAGUCGACUAAAAGUUCUAGUGAAAAAAUUCUGGAUAAGACCAAGAAACUACCUGCAGCAGACAAGGAAAAAGGCUCGAUUGGUGAUGACUCUCAGAAGGAUGAUACGGAGGAGAUUGAGGAGGGAGAACCAAUCAAAAGGCUGACUAAAUAUGUGCCUCAGAUGACUUAUCCUGAUUUACAAACAUAUUUCAACGAAUACUCAUACGCACUCUUUCUCGAGCAGAGACUUGAGAAUGACUUCCUAUUAGAUUUUCAAAUCAUCUGGCCCAAGAAUCAGGAUGAAAGCAGUUUUGUCGUUUCGAUGAAAAUGAAAAACAAUACUGAACUAGAGAAACUAUUACCUCCCAAUCUGGCAAGACUGGGCAGAUUGCCUUUCGUCAACAGGCAACCCCUCAUAUUGGUCACUAAAGAUGAAUCUCGGGUUUGGUACGCAUAUGUGAAGGAAACAGCUCUGAAACGUGAUCUAUUGACCGUUCUCCUGGAACUUUACCCGUGGAACCGAUCCAAACUUCCUGUUAGAAGUGCAAAUGACGCGUUCAAGAUCUUACCAUGUUCUGCACAAGUGAGCAGGAUCUUCUUUGCAAUGACGCGUGUCAAGAAUCCCAAGUUCAUAGACCUGAUUCUAGGUCAAAAACCCAUAAAACAGAUAAAUUUUCAAAAUAGACUUGAGUUCAGCAAGGAAUCGUUCAAUGAAUCACAGAGAUCUGCUAUUCAGCAUGUGUUGAACAACAGUGUUACAAUCCUGCAAGGUCCCCCGGGAACAGGUAAGACAUCGACUAUCGAGGAGAUAAUUUUGCAGAUGAUUAAGAAUUUUCAUUCCUUCCCUAUUCUGUGCGUCGCUGCAUCUAACAUCGCCAUUGACAAUAUUGCAGAAAAGUUCAUGGUGAACAGACCAGAUAUAAAAAUUUUGCGAAUUGUUUCCGAGGGAAAAGAACCACAGUACAAUUCUGAACAUCCCUUGGGUAAGAUCUGCCUGCAUAAUAUGGUUUAUGAGCAGUUACCGCAGGAUAUGAAAGAUAACAUCGCCAAAUUACGAGGGGGAAGAGCCAAAGAUGUCUCGAAGAACCAAUACAAUAAGCUGUUGAGCCAGCAGAACAAUAUCUCGGACAGACAUGUUCUACAGGCUCAGAUCCUGUUUACGACGAACAUUGCAGCUGGCGGCCGUCAGUUGAAGGCCAUUCAGGAAUUACCAGUUGUCAUCAUGGAUGAGUCGACGCAAUCUUCAGAAGCAUCCACUUUAGUGCCCCUCUCGCUGCCCGGAAUCCGAACGUUUGUCUUUGUCGGGGAUGAGAAGCAACUGUCCAGUUUCAGCAACGUGCCGCAGUUAGAGAUGUCUCUCUUCGAAAGAGUUCUAUUGAACGGUUGCUACAAGAAGCCGCACAUGCUGGACACUCAAUACAGAAUGCAUCCAAAGAUCAGCGAAUUUCCAAUUGCGAAAUUUUACCAGGGACAGCUGAAGAACGGUGUCACGGAGGAGCAGAAAAGCUGGGAAGGCAUAGAAUACCCGCUGUAUUUCUACCACUGCGACAAAGGCUUUGAAAGUAAAGUUUUCAACCGUCAGCGCGGAAUGAGGGGUUUCACCUACAACAACCGUUACGAAUGUGAGGAGAUCAAAAAGAUCAUCUACAAGCUAAUCCUGGAAAAAAAUGUGAGGACGGACCAAAUCGGCAUCAUAACGCCGUACUCCGCCCAACGCGAUCUGAUCUCUGAAAUGCUGGUAGCAGACACUGUGGUCAACCCGCAAGGUUUUGCAAUGGAGCAGGAAUUGGACGAAGCUGAUCUCCUGGACGCUGGCAUCGCUCACAGCAAUGGCAAGAAGAACACCAUCAAUAUCAUCAACGGCGUGUACAUUGCCACGAUCGACUCCUUCCAGGGACAUGAGAAAGAGUUUGUCAUUUUCUCGUGUGUGAGAAACAACAAGGAGAACCGUAUUGGUUUUGCCAGUGACAGGAAGCGGCUAAAUGUCGCAUUGACUAGAGCAAAGAAUGGCCUAGUGCUAGUCGGUAAUAGUGAAGUCUUCAGGAAAGGAGACCCCCUAUGGAGAGACUACGUUGAAUAUCUGGAAGACAGAGGCUUAAUUUUUAAUGAUAUAGAGUCGUAUUAA